GGAGCACCGUGUUUGCAUCACAGGGGGCAGGGCCCACCUCCCUGUGAGCCCUUGGUUCUUUUGGGACCAGCUCUGGAAUUUUUUAGCGUUUGGAAUUGGCACGAUGCAUGAUGAGCAUCCCAUCCUGCCGGCCCUGCUCAUGCCCUGUGCCCGCCCCACUGCCAUGUCCCCGUCCCCAUCCCCACUCUGUCCCCGUGGCACUGGGACAGCAGCACCCAGCAGAGCAGCAGCACAGUGGGCGGCAGAGGGCAGCCCGGGGCUCGCAGUGUGCGCAUGCACGUGUCCCUUCUCGCCUGUCCCGUGGGACACGUGUGUCUCCUCCAACCCCUACCUGGCACAUCUGUGUCCCUUCGCACCUCCCCAGCGGUGCAACCGUGUCACGUCCCCAUGCUGGUGCAUGCGUGUCCCUGCAUCCUGCCCAGACAGACACACAAUUAUUACCAGUUAUUGCAAGAACUGCUGCUCCAUCCCCAUGCCAGCAGGGACCCCCUCCCACGGAGGUGCACGCAUCCUGCUCCUCGUACAGACCGCCCUUUGUUUCACCGUUUUGCAACGCAUGCUUCUUCUGGAACCAGUUCCUCGUGCUCCUGGAGCGGGAGGUGUGAUGGGGAGCGGUUUCACCACCUCUGUCCUCCCCAUCUCCUAAAAUCCCUAAUGGGCAUCGUGGGUUUUCUGCACUCCCAGGAGCACGGAUGGGGCAAAAGGGCUCCGGCGCCGCGGGACAGGGCUGCCCCAGGGGCUCUCCCCUCCAACACUCACAGCGUUCCACCCCCAGCCCCUCAACCAGGACCCUAUGGGGUCUCCACAAGUGGUGACACCCCCGUGACCCCAGGAGGAGCGGUUGGCAGCGAUUGCCAGUGCCAAUGCCAACAGUCGCUGUCAUCAGGCAGCAAUCACCGCUGCUGGGAAGUGCCGCCUGCGGAGCACGGCGGGCAGGGUUCCAGCACGCGGCAAGUCCCGAUCUGCAGCGGUUUGCCGGCUGCUGGGCCGGCUGCUCACUGAUUCACAUGGGAUGCUGUCUGCUGACCGGGGGGGAUGCGUCCCCCAGCAGCCCUGGGCAGGGGGCAACCAUCUCCAUCCAAAACCAAGCAUUGGGGCAGACACCACAUCCCCGCUGGGAUGAACCACAUGUGCAGUGGGAAAAACCAGCAUCACCGCGUGGAGACCCUCACCCACAAUGUCCCGUACGCUCCAGAAAAAUCCCUCUUUCUCCAUCUCCACCGGGAACCCCAAAUGGGGAAUCCCCUGCACCGCCAUGGACCUGCUCUGCUGGCUCCCUGGGAAGCUCUCUGUCGGCAUUUCCUUGUUUUGCCCUAACGAGUUCGGUGCGUCCCUCCCUCGUUAACGCCAGCAGCAGUCGGUUCCUGGAGCUGGGCAAGAUCCCCCGCCUGGGCGUGCUGCGUGCCGCGUGGUGGCCUUGCACAAUUCCUGGGGUUAUCGCCCCAAAGAUAUUCGAGGGUGUCACAAAUCGUAGCUCAGGGAGAGUAUAAAAGAGCCCUCGCGGCACCGCGCAGCCACCGGUGCUGCUGCUGCUCUCCUGCUCACACCGCUGCCGGAGGAAGCCCACGACCGUACCUGUUGCAUCAUGAAGACCGACCUGGAGCUCGCGCUGGAGUGUGCCAUCAACAUCUACCACCACUACGCCAUCCGGAACCCGCUGGAUGAUUACCUGAGCCGGAGCGAGUUCGCUGCGCUGCUGAAGGAGAGCGCCAAGCCCUUCCUCACCGACACCGUGCCGCCCAACACGUCCGUUGAUGACUACAUCAAGCAGCUCUUUGCCAAAGCCGACAAGAACCAUGACGGCCGACUGAAGUUCACCGAGUUCCUCACCACGCUCAACCUCGUGGCCAUCGAUGCCCACAACCGGUCCCACAAGCAGCCUGGGGACCAUGGCCACAGCCAUGACCAUGGACAUGGCCACAGCCACGGCCCUGGCCAUGGACACGGUCCCCACCAUUAGGGCUGCUCCCACAGAGAUGAGCUCCUCCAGCAGCAGCAUCUCCCCUGUCUGCCCAUGAGCACCCAACCAAGGCUGUGCUCUCUGCUUCUGUCUAUGACACUUAUGAAAUAAAUUGUCUUUCU